CUUUUCGGUUGUUUGCACUUUAGGUCACAAAUUGUUAUGUCCACAUCAAAUUAAAAAUUGCCACAAAUACAGUUCAAUGCAGUAAUUCCGCUUUAAUUCUUAAUUCAUCAUGGAUUUGCCCUUUAAGUUGUUAUUUUUUUACUUUUCGGCAAUUUGUGCCUCCGUAUUUCUAGCGUUUUGUAUUUUGCUAAUUGUUACAACAAGCCAAUAUCCUGUAAUAGUAAGGAGCAAAAAAGAGAAAGAGUUUUUAGACCCUGUUACGGGAAACACGAUUUUGUUCCCGACACUUGACGAUAAACCUUGUAAAAAACUAAGUGUGAUAGUACCAGCUUACAAUGAGGAAAACCGACUGCCCCCAAUGUUGGAGGAAUGCGUUGAUUUUUUGGAAUCAAGGUGUAAACAGAGCAAUUUCACGUACGAAAUUAUUAUAGUAAGUGAUGGGAGCACUGAUGGGACACUUAAAGUGGCCAAUGAAUGGUGCAAAAAGUUGGGGGUUGAUAAGUUAAGGGUGCUUGCCUUGGAGACAAAUCGGGGCAAAGGAGGGGCUGUCAGAUUAGGCAUGCAAAGUGCAAGAGGGGCUGUGCUUUUAUUUGCGGACGCCGAUGGGGCCACAAAGUUUUCUGAUCUCACGAAACUUGAAAAAUGUCUUUGUGACAAAACCGGGGUUGACUAUUUGAAAAAUCAUGAGGACUUAACGGGAAAAAUGGCAAUUAUUGUGGGCUCUAGAGCCCAUUUAGAGAAGGAAUCAGUUGCCAAAAGAAGUUUUUUCCGUACUAUUUUGAUGUACGGUUUCCAUUUUUUAGUUUGGUUGUUUACUGUUAAAGGAGUCAAAGACACACAGUGUGGCUUUAAAUUAUUUACAAGGGAUGCGGCGAGACUCUGCUUCGAUAGCAUUCACGUGGAAAGAUGGGCUUUUGACGUCGAGUUGUUGUACAUCGCCCAAAAACUGCACAUUCCAAUUGGUGAAGUGGCUGUUAACUGGACUGAAAUCGAGGGCUCAAAACUGACCCCGUUUUGGAGCUCAGUUCAGAUGGGCAAAGAUUUAGGCCUGAUUUGGUUGCGUUACAUGAUUGGCGCAUGGAAAAUCAAACAAUGUACCAAAAAAGACUAAUAAAGCAUUUACAUAUU